CAGGCUCCCGGGAGACCCGGGGCGGGGCGUCGACCCCAGGGAUGGGAGGUUCCUGCCGGCAGCCAGAAGCGCCGGCCCGCGGACGGCGGCGCAGGGCAGGGAGUGCCUGAGGCGGGUGGCGGCCGGUCUUCCUAUCCCCGGAAGUCGUGCAGCGCCGUCGUGGUUGCCGUGGGCGAGGGCGGGGAUGCGAAGGCGGAGACUGCCACCCCCCAACCCCCAGCCGGCCCUGUCUGCCGGGCUCGGUUAGUUUAAUGCCACUCGGUACUGGAUUGAGAAUCCCAGAAAGAAAUAGACCUACUACCUCCUCAAAAAGCAAGUAAAGCCUUAAUGCUAUAAGGUUUUUACUUUUAUGUGGGUUUUCAUUUUUCUAAUAAAGCCAUGGGAAAUCCAGAAAAUAUAGAAGAUGCCUAUGUUGCUGUGAUUCGUCCAAAGAAUACUGCCAGUCUCAAUUCUCGUGAAUAUCGAGCUAAAUCAUAUGAAAUUUUGUUGCUUGAAGUUCCCAUUGAAGGACAAAAGAAAAAAAGAAAGAAGGUUUUAUUGGAAACCAAACUUCAGGGAAGUGGUGAAAUAACACAAAGCAUUUUGGAUUAUGUAGUAGAGACUACCAAACCAAUUUCUCCAGCCAAUCAGGGUAUCAAAGGAAAACGAGUGGUAUUGAUGAAGAAAUUUCCUCUUGAUGGAGAAAAAAUGGGCAGAGAGGCAUCUUUGUUUAUUGUUCCAUCUGUUGUCAAAGAUAAUACUAAAUAUUCAUAUAGUCCAGGAUGUCCAGUUUUCUACUGUUUACAAGACAUCAUGCGAGUCUGUAGUGAAUCCAGCACUCAUUUUGCCACUCUUACUGCAAGAAUGUUAAUUGCCCUGGAUAAGUGGUUAGAUGAGCGACAUGCACAAUCUCAUUUCAUUCCAGCUUUAUUCCGACCUUCUCCUCUUGAGCGGAUAAAAACUAAUGUCAUCAACCCAGCAUAUGCCACUGAACCCAGCCAGACUGAAAACUUACUUCAUAUGGGCUAUAGUGCACUAGAAAUAAAAAGUAAGAUGUUAGCAUUGGAAAAAGCAGAUACCUGUAUCUAUAACCCUUUGUUUGGGUCAGAUCUCCAGUAUACAAACAGGGUAGAUAAAGUGGUAAUAAAUCCAUACUUUGGUCUUGGAGCUCCAGACUAUUCAAAGAUUCAGAUUCCUAAGCAAGAAAAAUGGCAGAGAAGCAUGAGCAGUGUUACAGAAGACAAAGAACACCAGUGGGUAGAUGAUUUCCCUCUUCAUCGAAGUGCCUGUGAAGGAGAUUCAGAAUUAUUAAACCGUCUUCUCAAUGAUAGUUUUUCAGUAAACCAGCUAGAUAAUGACCACUGGGCACCUAUUCAUUAUGCAUGCUGGUAUGGAAAAGUUGAGGCUACUCGCAUGCUGUUAGAAAAAGGAAAGUGUAAUCCAAACCUCUUAAAUGGGCAACUUAGUUCUCCCCUUCAUUUUGCUGCUGGAGGAGGACAUGUUGAAAUAGUGCAAAUCCUUCUAAAUCAUCCAGAAGUGGAUAGACACAUUAUUGACCAGCAAGGAAGGUCUCCAUUAAAUGUCUGUGAAGAGAACAAACAGAAUGAUUGGGAAGAGACUGCAAAACUGUUGAAGGAAGCCAUCAAUAAGCCAUAUGAAAAGGUACGGAUAUACCGAAUGGAUGGAUCAUAUCGUUCUGUUGAACUGAAACAUGGAAAUAAUACCACAGUACAGCAGAUUAUGGAAGGAAUGCGUCUCUCACAUGAAACACAACAGUAUUUCACUAUAUGGAUCUGUUCAGAGAACCUCAGCCUUCAGCUGAAGCCCUAUCACAAACCCUUACAACAUGUUCGUGACUGGCCAGAAAUCUUGAAUGAAUUGACAAAUCUGGAUCCUCAAAGGGAAACACCACAGCUUUUCCUAAGAAGAGAUGUGAGACUUCCACUAGAAGUUGAGAGAAAGAUUGAAGACCCCCUGGCCAUUCUUAUUCUCUUUGAUGAAGCCAGAUACAAUUUGCUGAAAGGCUUCUAUACAUCUCCUGAUGCUAAGUUGAUAACACUGGCAAGUCUACUGCUGCAAAUAGUUUAUGGGAAUUAUGAAAGUAAAAAACACAAACAAGGUUUCCUCAAUGAAGAAAAUCUAAAAUCCAUAGUUCCAAUCACCAAAUUGAAAAGUAAGGCCCCUCACUGGACAAACAGAAUACUUCAUGAAUACAAGAAUCUUAGUACAAGCGAGGGUGUCAGUAAGGAAAUGCACCACCUUCAGCGCAUGUUCUUACAGAAUUGCUGGGAAAUUCCUACAUAUGGAGCUGCCUUUUUUACAGGACAAGUAUUUACAAAAGCAAGUUCCAGCAGCCAUAAAGUCAUUCGGGUUUAUGUAGGAGUGAACAUAAAAGGAUUACAUCUCCUCAAUAUGGAAACUAAGACUUUGCUCAUUAGCCUCAAGUAUGGUUGCUUUAUGUGGCAGUUGGGAGAUGCUGAUUCCUGCUUUCAAAUUCACAGUCUGGAAAAUAAAAUGAGCUUCAUAGUACACACCAAACAGGCAGGUCUGGUUGUAAAACUGCUCUUAAAACUUAAUGGACAAUUAAUGCCUAGUGAAAGAAAUGAAUGAAAGGCAAGAAAAAUUAUUCUGAAGGAGUCCUGGGAACACAGAUUUCUUUCACUGAAACAUUUCUCAAAAUAUCAGCUUUAUCAAGAUACUAUAUUUAAUCUUGUAUUAUGUAUGUAUAUUUUCUCUUUUGUACAGAAUCUGUUACUUUGUGGAUUUGUGUAACAUACUGAUUUUUUAUUCUCCAACAUAUGAUAUUCUAAUUUUGACACCAAAAGGCGAUUGCUAGCAAAUACACUAGAUAAAUCAAAUUCUAAAUUUUGCAAAGAAAUUUCUUAUUAUAACUAUUGAAGAAUUUAGAGUGUAGGUAUAACAAAUUAAAACUUACUUUUAAAGAACUUUUUAAAAGUAUUAUUUCAAAAAGAUACUUGAAAUUUAAAAACUUAAUGAAAUAAAAAUGUAUUUUCUAUAUAUAAACCAUGUAACAGUAUUAUUUGAAAACAUUUUAGUGUAAUCUGAAAAUUUUGUGACCUUUUCCAGAACUUUUGUUAAAAACUAUAUCUAGCUCCUAAGGUUUUUGAAUUUAUUUUCCUCCUUUGAAUCCAGAGGAGAAUUUUGCUGGUUGUUUUAAAAAUUAAGUGCAAAUUUUGUAAAUGAUGGUCACUGGAUGGUCAAUAGUUGUAUCUUAUUUGUACCUGAAUUAUUUUUAUGAAUUAAUUGUUUUUUUAUGGUGCAGAAUAAGCAUAUCAUCAGAAAGUUAGUUACUUAAUUCAGUUAAUUCUCAUAUGGAAGUUGAAUUUGAUUCUGUUAAUCUAUAAACUGUAGUCUUUCAAUAACUAAAAAACAGUGGUUCCAAGGCAAUAAUUAAUGUUAGUUUUAGCUGUUCUGUAGAAUCUAAAUACACAGGUUCUCUCUGUGUCUCUCUCUGACACAUACACACACACACAUGCAUUUAUAUAAUCUUUUUUUCAAAGUAAAUUUUAAAGUAAUGACAUGUCUGAUACUCAGAAAUAGUUAAGAAAUGGCUUGAGUAAAGCUUAUUAAUGUAAUAAUUUUGGUGUAAUGAAUUCUAAAUUUUCAGGAGAAACAGAGUUUAUAUAAUGUCUUAAUAUGACCCGAGGACAUUCUUAUUCAACAGACAUUUAAUGGUGCCAAUUACAUUCAGAUCAGACUAAAGAUUGCAGUUAAGUGUUAUAGAGACACAAUUUGUGAUCUUGCCCUAAAGGACCAUAACAUAUACCAAGAUUAUAUAUAAGCUUGUAAAACAAAUUUAAUUUGAAUAGUUUGUGUGCAUACAGUAAAAGAGAGGAAAGCAUUCCGAGGCUUAACUUUAAACAGAGGUACAAAAGUGUGAAAUUGAAAAAGUGAUGCAAAAAGAUAGUAAAUUGUUUUGGCUCAAGUGAAAGGUUUGUCUGGGGCAGUGAUGGUGAACCUUGUAGAAACUGAGUGCCCAAACUGCAGCCCUCAUGCUGCAUAUGAGCCGCCUUACCCCAUAUGGGGAGGGAAGAAGUACCCCCAUUGGGCUGCUGGGCAGAGGGACAGAAGUGGCCCCCUCCAGUAUGGUCCAGCAUGCAUUCAUAGGUUCACCAACAUGGGUCUAGGCUACCAUUGGGGUGUUAGAGGUGGUUUAGGUAUUUAAAUGCAUAUUUCUUAAUAACUUCAAAAUGUUAUUCAAGUAUUCCAUUAUGUAAAAUAUUGAAAGCUAUACUUAUAAACUCAUACAACAUAAUAAAUAAUUUUCUUAUAAAAGA